ACUUCCCAAUAUAACCAACUACGGCUGGGGGAGCGGAACUGCAAGAAGACGGCAGCCAAAGUGCCAUUAAAGCUCGGGGCGGAGAGGAUGCGUUACCUGGGUCCCCUCUGCUGCAAGAGGCAGGGCAAGCUGGAGGAUUCCCUCUGAAUGAUUAAGAACUCCGCAAUUCGCCUCUGCCACAGGCUGCAAAGGACCCGAGGAACCGCUCUCUCUGAACUGUGCUGAUGGGCAGGAGGAUGGGAGACAGGAAUUGAGAGUCACAGAGGAAGGACAGUGGAGUCUGGCAUCUUAUUGGUGCCUUUAAAGGAUUGCCAUUUAAUGCCAUUCAAGAUCUACUAAGCAUCAUUUUUGCAUGACUACUGCAAAAGGAUUACUUUACAAAAACCAGUUCCUUUGUCAAGAGCAUACUUUGGACCCUGUUUUCAGAAAGCAGGGAACUCUUUAAUGAAGAAACACCAGAGCUGUUAAACCCAUUGAGACACAGAAGAUUCUAGUGACCGACGAUGGCUUCCUCCUGGAAACUAAUGCUGUUUCUGUCAGUCACCAUGUGUCUUUCCGAAUAUUCAAAAGCUCUUCCUGGUCUCUCCACUUCAUAUGCCACUUUGUUAAGAAUUAAGAAGAGUUCAUCUUCAUCUCUCUUUGGUUCCAAAACCAGACCACGAUACAGCAGCCCUCCGUUGGGAACACUGAGUGCUUCUUCACCCAGCUGGCGAGGGGCAGCUCAGCAUUAUUAUUCCCCCGUCAAUCUUUAUCAUUCCUCAGAUGCCUUCAAACAAGAUGAAAGUGUGGACUAUGGGCCAGUUUUUGUGCAAGAACCAGAUGAUAUUAUUUUUCCAACUGAUUCUGAUGAAAAGAAGGUAGCACUGAAUUGUGAAGUUCGUGGCAAUCCAGUUCCCAGUUACAGAUGGCUUCGAAAUGGAACAGAAAUAGAUGUGGAAAGUGAUUAUCGCUACAGUUUGAUAGAUGGCACCUUCAUUAUAAGCAAUCCAAGUGAAGCAAAGGAUUCUGGUCAUUAUCAGUGUCUAGCAACCAACACUUUGGGGAGUAUUCUUAGUAGAGAAGCUACACUUCAGUUUGCCUAUCUGGGAAAUUUUAGUGGCCGGACAAGAAGUGCCGUCUCUGUGAGGGAAGGCCAGGGUGUCGUUCUGAUGUGCUCUCCUCCACCACACUCACCAGAGAUCAUCUAUAGCUGGGUAUUUAAUGAGUUCCCUUCCUUUGUGGCGGAAGACAGCCGGCGGUUCAUUUCCCAGGAGACAGGCAACCUUUAUAUUUCUAAAGUCCAAACAUCAGAUGUUGGCAGCUAUAUUUGUCUGGUGAAAAACACAGUGACGAAUGCUAGAGUUCUUAGUCCUCCAACGCCACUCACUCUACGUAAUGAUGGUGUGAUGGGAGAAUAUGAGCCGAAAAUUGAGGUCCAUUUUCCUUUCACGGUUACAGCUGCUAAAGGAACAACUGUUAAGAUGGAAUGCUUUGCACUUGGCAAUAAAUUAAUAAAAGGGAAUGUGAAGAAGACAGUUUCAGUCAAGAAGGUCUCUGUUUAUCACUUAGUAUCCUUUCUAAGAAAUGUCACAAUUAUGGAAAAAAGAAACAUGAAGAGAUCUACCUAUACCUAAAGACCACCCUGCCACCCUUAUGAAAAUAAACAAGAUCAAAGAAA